AAAAAAAACAGAGAGGUGGCAAAAGAUGAAGUGGAAGUAAGAGAGACGGAAAGCAAAUAGAGUCACGAGAAUCAUUGGCAACUCCUCUCUUUUAAAGAGAAGAAAGAAAAGUAAUUGUUUGAAUCCCUCAAAAAUCUUUCACUUUUUAGGGUUUGAGCUCUGUCUUUUAGAUUUGGCCUUUUUCUUUGAAGAGACCUCCUCUGCAAGAUCCUCGUGAUUCCCCUUUAACGCCUCCCUUCUUUAUAAACAUCUGUCUGAAAAAUAUUCAAAGUAUCUUCUCCAAAGUUCGCAACUCUCUCAGCUAUGAACGGCGACGGAGUUUGGCUCGACGACGCCGGAGAACGUUCUCAGGCGGGCUAUAACGAUGAGCCUGUGCCGUGGGUUAGAAACCCAGAAGAAAACUGGUUUAAUAACUCACAACCACACGAUGAUUCUCAAAACGAGUUCAGAUUCAACAAUGGUGGGUUUCCUCUAAACCCUUCAGAGAAUCUGCUCCUCCUUCUUCAGCAAUCCAUUGACUCCUCUUCUCCCUUUCAACACUUCACACUCGACUCUGCUACUCCUCAGCAACAACAACAGCAACAGUAUUUCUUAGCUACAAAAGCUUGCAUCGCUUCUCUCCUCAACGUCCCCACCACCACCAACAACAACAACCCUUUUGAUGACUUCGGUUUCGACUCUCCGUCUUUAGGACAACUAAACCAGACUCCAAACUCCAUGAGUUUCCCUGUAAUGACUUCACCACCACCGGAAUUUCUCUCUUCCCGGUCAUGUAACGUGUUCAGCCCUCUGGAGUUCGAGGGCCUAGCGAGCGGCGUCUUCGAGAACAGAGCCAAGGUUCUGAAACCUUUAGAGGUUUUGGCUUCCUCUGCCUCUGAGCUGACGCUGUUCCAGAAACGAGCUGCAAUGCGUGAGAGUUCCAGUAGCAAAAUGUGCAACUCUGACUCUUCUUCCUCUGAGAUGAGGAGAGAGGUUGGUGAUGAGACUAGUCCUGGAAUCGUGGACAUCUUUAACUACGAGUCUGAUGAGCAUAACAACAACAAAGGGAAGAAGAAAGGAAUGCCUGCUAAGAAUCUAAUGGCUGAGAGAAGGAGGAGGAAGAAGCUUAAUGAUAGGCUUUACAUGCUCAGAUCAGUUGUCCCCAAGAUCAGCAAAAUGGAUAGAGCAUCGAUACUUGGUGAUGCUAUUGAUUAUCUUAAAGAGCUCUUACAGAGAAUCAAUGAUCUUAAUACUGAACUUGAAUCUACUCCAUCAAGUUCUUCAGGCUUAACACCGUCACCACAAACGCUACCUUACCGUGUUAAGGAAGAGUUGUGUCCGUCUUCCUCCUCCUUGUCAAGCCCUAAAGGCGAGCAAGCAAGAAUUGAGGUUAAGUUAAGGGAAGGAAAGGCAGUGAACAUUCACAUGUUCUCUGGAAGACGCCCUGGUCUUUUACUUUCCACCAUGAGAGCUUUGGAUGACUUAGGAUUGGAUGUUCAACAGGCCGUGAUUAGCUGUUUCAACGGUUUUGCUUUGGAUGUUUUCCGCGCUGAGCAAUGCCAAGAAGGUCACGAGGUGUUUCCUGAACAAAUCAAAGCAGUGCUUCUAGACACAGCUGGUUACUCUGGUUUGCUUUGAUUCCAAUUCCUUUGCGGAACAGAAGGAAGCAUCUAUGAAGCAAAGCUAGAGGUCUAUAAGCCUUUAAUUAACUAGUCAGCAAUUUUCUUACAGUUAGUUUCAUUUCAUCAGUCUUAAUCUUGUAUUGCAGAUGAUAGUUAUUAAUUUAAUCUGGCUUUGACAAAAAAAAACAUGUGUUUGUGCAUGCAUCAGUUCAACCUUUUCAUACUCGUUGCAU